UGCCUGGCACUGUAAACAGCCUGCACAACCCAUAUCAACAUCCAACGUGAAAAAUAUCAACAAUCUUCCAUAUAUCCAGUACAGGCUAUGAAAUGAAAUAUCACUUAUAAUAUGAAUUGUAUAUACUAUAUUUUAGUUUUUAAAAAUGUGUGUAAAGGAAUAUUCCUAAUGCAUGAAUGAAUUUCAAGAAAGAACUGAAGUUGACUUGAUUUCAGAUCUGGUCAUUUUCUGCUAUGUGCUCAUGAUAUAUCAGAGCAUACAUAGAACAUUACAGAACUCACCGUCAUAGAGCUAAGAAUUUACCGAAGACAUUUACAUGAUAAACAUUACAUCAAAAUACAACAAUACCAAGACCCAUGCAAGUAUGUCAAUAAUCAUUCUUUCGGAUCUGACAAUCAGACUAUUGUGUUGCCACAAGUAAGUAACCAACUGAUUAAAACCACUAGAUUAAAACCACACACUGAAUUCGACUUCACAAAGAGACCUACACUGGCUGGAUUAGCAGGAGCUGAGGUAAGCGAACUUGCUGAUGAGCUAAUAGCAGUGUAUCAAUAGUGAGCAAGGUCUUGUUGACUUACCUUUGGCUGUGUGGGACAGGGAUCAGGGCUGCAGAGUCACUGGCGAUAAGCUGUGAGGUCCAGCAGAGGGUAUUUAAGGUCUGGUGUUCAAUGAGAGCAUCACACUACAGAGUGCAACCUGAGCCGGCCAUGAAGACCCAUGCAUUGCUGCUGCUGCUGCUCUGUGUGUGUGCCCACGGGGCGCCCACAGAGCGGCCGACGCCGGGCUCCUGCAAGGACCCCGCAGCUCUGGGAGCUGCCAAACAGGCCAUGACCAAGAUCAACCAGGACCGCAAGGAGGGCUACGUGCUCACCCUGAACCGCCUCUGCAACGUCAACCAAAUGGAGCGCGGUCCCAUGGGGAUGGUCUACUACCUGACCAUGGAUGUUCUGGAGACCACAUGUCAUGUCCUCAGCAAAAAAGACCGGGAGAGCUGUGAUGUCAGAGACCCCAUGAUGGACUAUGGGCAGUGCAAGGCCACCAUCUACAUAAACAGGGUUCAGAGGGAGGUCACCCUGUAUAGCUAUAGCUGUUCUGUGAGACCAGUACCGGUGUACAGAAUAUUCAGAGUCUGCCCAGACUGCCCCGUUAAGGUUCCCCUGGAUGGUGAGAAUAUUCUGGAGACCACCAAGCAGGCACUUGAGGAGUUCAAUAGAAAAAGUGGACUUGCAAACUACUUCGCCCUUUUGAAUGUCACAAGGGCCUCUAUUCAGAGGGGAAUUGGGAUAUUCGACAACGUGGAGUUCAUCAUUCAGGAGACAGUUUGCGCCAACAACACAAACAUCACGGAGGCUGCGAACUGCAAGCUGAUGAACUGCGAGUUUGCACAUAAAGGUCUUUGCAAAGGAAGCAAGUCUGAGGUUAUGGGUAAUAAACAUCUCUCAGUAGAAUGUGAGAUCUUGGAGCCUGAGGGUGGAGAAAAAGAGAAAUCAAGGCAUUUGCUGGGUGGAGAGCAUAACCACAGCCAUGCACAUGACCAUGACCACAAGCAUGACCACACCCAUGACCAUGACCAUAAGCAUGGCCACGACCAUGACCAUAAACAUGGCCACGACCAUGACCAUAAACAUGGCCACGACCAUGACCAUGACCAUACACAUGGCCACACCCACGACCAUGACCAUAAGCAUAACCACACAGACGAGCACGGUCACGAGCAUGACCACAAACACCUCCACGCCCAUGAGCAUCACCACCAUCAUCACGACGAUGCCCCUAAGAAGACCGCUACGGUAACUCAUGGUGUGGUGCGCUACUUACCACCCAUGGACGACCCCACAGCAGUGUCCUCGCUGCCGGACCAGCCUGACGCCUCGGAGGCACACCGACCUGUCACUCUGCCAGUGUUCCCCGAUGCACACGGUUCGCAUGCCAAGGAACCUGCCAUCCCCCCCUUCCCCAACACAGAGUCACCGCAGUGUCCUGGGGACUCUGCCAGUAAGAACUCCUUCAUCGAAGAGCUCUUUAACGAGGACCCACUAUUCCAACAUAAAGCUCAUUAAUUAGUGAGCGAAGUUGCUUCUGUACCAGUGCUUCCCAAUCCGGUCCUCAGGGACCCAAAGAUAGUCCACAUCUUUGCUCCUACUGGGAACUGUCGGUCAGGGAGCCGAGAGGAAGCAAAAACCUGGACUGUCUGAAAACACUGCUAUAGACAAAAUGCUCAUUUAAUCUGUCAUUUUACCACAGCAUAUUGCUAUGUAGUGUUAAACUGCUCAAAGCUGUUAUUUUUAAUGCACAUUCUAUAUCUGUUCUUUA